GAGCUCGCCGCCAUGGCGAACGAGCCCCCCGGCGACGGCGCGGGCGCCUCCUGGCGGCGAAGGGACGAGGCGCUGCGCGUGAACGUGGGCGGCGUGCGCCGGCUGCUGAGCGCAUGCGCCGUGGCGCGCUUCCCCGGCACGCGCCUGGGCCGCCUGCAGGCCGCCGUGUCCGAGGAGCAGGCCCGGCGCCUGUGCGACGACUACGACGCGGCCGCGCGCGAGUUCUACUUCGACCGGCACCCGGGCUUCUUCCUGGGCCUGUUGCACUUCUACCGCACCGGGCGCCUGCACGUGCUCGACGAGCUGUGCGUCUUCGCCUUCAGCCAGGAGGCCGACUACUGGGGCCUGAGCGAGGGCGCGCUGGCCGCCUGCUGCCGCGCGCGCUACCUGGAGCGGCGCGUGGCGCGGCCGCGCGCCUGGGACGAGGACAGCGACGCGCCGAGCAGCGUGGACCCGUGUCCCGACGAGAUCUCCGACGUGCAGCGCGAGCUGGCGCGCUACGGGGCCGCGCGCUGCGGGCGCCUGCGCCGCCGCCUCUGGCUCACCAUGGAGAACCCGGGCUACUCGCUGCCCAGCAAGCUCUUCAGCUGCGUCUCCAUCGGCGUGGUGCUCGCCUCCAUCGCCGCCAUGUGCAUCCACAGCCUGCCCGAGUACCAGGCCCGCGAGGCGGCGGCGGCCGUGGCCGCGGUGGCGGCGGGCCGCAGCGCCGAGGAGGUGCGCGAUGACCCGGUGCUGCGGCGCCUCGAGUACUUCUGCAUCGCCUGGUUCAGCUUCGAGGUGUCCUCGCGCCUCCUCCUGGCCCCCAGCAUGCGCAACUUCUUCUGCCACCCGCUCAACCUCAUCGACAUCGUGUCGGUGCUGCCCUUCUAUCUCACGCUGCUGGCCGGCGCGGCGCUCGGCGACCAGCGGGGCCCGGGCGGCGAGGAGCUCGGAGACCUGGGCAAGGUGGUGCAGGUGUUCCGCCUCAUGCGUAUCUUCCGGGUGCUCAAGCUGGCGCGUCACUCCACCGGGCUUCGAUCGUUGGGUGCGACGCUCAAGCACAGCUACCGAGAGGUGGGCAUCUUACUGUUGUACCUGGCUGUGGGCGUGUCCGUGUUUUCCGGGGUGGCCUACACGGCUGAGAAGGAGGAAGACGUGGGCUUUGACACCAUCCCAGCCUGCUGGUGGUGGGGCACAGUGAGCAUGACCACUGUGGGCUACGGGGACGUGGUACCAGUGACGGUGGCUGGCAAGCUGGCAGCCUCGGGCUGCAUCCUAGGGGGUAUCCUGGUGGUUGCACUGCCCAUCACCAUCAUCUUCAACAAGUUCUCCCACUUCUACCGGCGUCAGAAGGCCCUGGAGGCAGCCGUACGCAACAGUGACCAUCAGGAGUUUGAAGACUUAAUGAGCAGUGUUGACGGGGUUUCAGAGGCGUCCAUGGAGACCUCCCGCGAUGUCUUUGGAGGGAAUGACUGCAGACCUGGAGGCCUCGGACCCCAGAGUGACCCUCCGAACUCUCAGGUUUACUAAAGUCAGGACUCCGUGUUCCCUCACUCGUGCCCCAAGAGU